ACAUUCACAUUAUUUCAGUUUUGUAUUUGUUAUACGGACGCUGUACAAAACAAUUGAGCAUCAUUGUGAAAUCGUUGGAUUUUUUCAAUUUUCCAUAAUCGAAAUCAGUUGUGAUUAUUUGUAAAGUUGCGUCCACAAUCUUCAAUAAAUAAACAUGGAUGAAAGCUUUGGUGCCGGCGGUUUUGACGCAACUCAGGUCGGAGGUAGUGGUGUUCAAAAUGAUCAAAAGGCCGAGGGCGUUGUUCCGUUGGUCAUUCAACAGAUUAAAAAAGCGGCCGACAGUUUUCAGAUGUACGGCAUGUCAUUUGGUAUGGUAACAAUUGUUGGUAUUGUGCGAAAUAUUGAACAUUCAAGCACAAAAAUAACGUACACAAUCGAAGAUCAUACGGGUCAAAUUGAUGCACAUUAUUGGUUGGAUGGUGAUUCUGAAGCGGAUAGUAAGGCACCAUCAAUAUUGUUGAACACAUACGUUCGCAUAUUUGGAUCGGUUCGAAAUCAAGGUGGUGCAAAAGUAUUGAUGGUUUUCAAUAUUGAUGCAUUGUCAUCGAUCAAUGAAUUAACCACUCAUUUGCUUGAAGUAUUGAAUGCCCGUUAUAUGGCCGAAGAUUUUGCCAAGAUGGCCGGAGUAGGUGGUAGUGGUGGUGGAUACAAUGCCGGCUAUCAACCACAAACGAACAGUUUCAAUAACAAUUUCGGUGGUGGAGCAAGCGACAACAGCCUUGGCCUAACUGGAAAACAGCUGAUGCUUUACAAAGCGGUCAAAGAGUAUAAAGACGAUCUAACUGGAAUCAGCAAGCAGGAAUUGCACAAAAAAUUCAAUCAUAUUCCAAUGAAUGAAUUAGAAAAUAUCAUGGAGAAUAUGACAACCGAAGGUCACAUUUAUACGAGCAUUGAUUCGGAGCACUGGCUGCCAACUGAUGUUGAAUAAUUUGAUGAUACCAUCAAACAAAAUCGAAAAUACUUUUUGACGGCAUUUCACAUCCACAUUAUAAUCCCAAUGAGUAAAAGUGAUGAUUCCAUUGUUAUUGCAUUUGAUAAACAAAAAUAAUAAACAAAAUAAAAACCGAAAAAUAUCAUGAAUAAUA